AUGGGUAAAGCGCCUUCUGCUAACGCUCACCCGCCAGAUCAAACCUCGCCGCGCCUCAAGCUACCUCGCCGCCCCAGCGUGCGUUUCGGAGGACGAGCCGCUACCACCAGAGAUGUCAACGGCUGGACCACAAGCCCGGUCGGCGAGCAGGAUGCGCCCAUGAUAGCGCCCAAGUCCUCCCCGCAGCGCUUCUCGGCCAGGCGCGAGCACGACAGGACCAGCGGGACGGCGGCGUCGACGGUUCCCAACUUCUCUCUCCGCGAUAUCGGCGCCUCGUCCACGUCGCCUGCCGCCGCCAGAGAGUUGCUACCCGGCCAGCGGCGCCCAGACGGAAGCGGCUUCCGUGCCUCAACCCGGGCCGAGGAGGGCGGCUGCUGUUCUGCCACUGGGGGCGGCCAGGACGAUCUUCCGGUCCUGUGUGAGGACAUGGUCUCUGCCUACACCACUAUGCGCGGCCCCAGGCCCGUGGACCAGCCUGACCCUCUUCUCUCGCUGCUGCUGGCGCGCUCCAAGGCCCAGACGAACGGCACCACUAGCUCUGCCUCUGUUGCUGCCUCUGCCACUGCCACUUCCUCGGCCACCACAUCUUCAGCCGUUCCCGGAACCUGCUUCUCUCUGAACAAACAGAGCUCUCCAUACCAAACCACCCUCAUCACGCCCGUCGACGACGACUGCUCCGUACUGUCCUCCCAGCCCACAGUCAUGUACAACAUCCUGCGCUCGCCCCGGAAGAGCUCCCAGACGCGUGAGCCCUUGAUCGGCAUCCACGCUCCCGAGGUCCGCUUCAAGUUCGAGGGCGACCCGUGGAAGUGCAAGCCCUUCGAGGACACCCUGGCCCGCAAGAUGCCUCGCGGAACAAAGCAUGGCUCCCUGUCCGGUGGCCCGGCUCCGGCCUCGGGCUCGUCGAUGCCCAUCGAGGCGUCUCAGCCUCCCACAUCCCGGGACCAGCCGCCGGACCUGGCGCAGCCUACUACGGAUUCAAGCACGGAUGCUCCCAAGCUGAUGAGGGAGCCCAUCAUGUCCCCGAGCGACUUCCUCGUCCUGGCCAAGGGUGCCCAGGCCUGGCGUACCGACGAGCUCCACCGCGAGGCCAUGGCGGGCAUGCCGGAGCCGGCCCGCAUGCGCCCUCUGGACCCGUCGCCCAAGACCCCGGAGCCGCGGCCGCGGUUCGGCGACCGCUGGAACCCGGCCGGGUUCCAGCCCCAGUUCGAUCGCGACAGCGGGGAGCCCAUGUCGCCGCACUACAAGGUCCCGUCGAGCCCCUCGAUCCUCUGGAGCCCUCGCCCCGUGACUCCCGAGAUGAUGUACCGCCAUUUCCCCCACGGCGAGUUUGACCGCAUGGACGCGGCGGCCGGCGAGGCGUGCCGCGAAGCCUGCCUGGGCCGCAUCCCGUCUUUUGGUAGUGGCGGUGCAUGUCCCGACCAGAGCCCCUAUCCCGAGCUCUUUGCAGAAGACGAGAUCGACGAGGUCCUCGCGACGCACCGCGGCCCCAUCUUCGACGACAUCCACCCCUCUAGCUUCCGGGACGCCAUCGACACCAUGGAGGAGCACCUUGGGCUGUCGCGGCUAGAGCACGAGCGGCUCGAGCGCCAAAAUGAGCGUCAGCGCCAGCGCCUGCGCGCCCUGGAGCGCCUGCCGAGCCCCCCUUCGCCUAGGCCCGGCGGUGCCGCCACCCAGGGCAGUCUCUCCCCGCGCCGCAGCCGCGAUCGCCACGGCGGGCACGACGACGCCGUCGAGCAGCAGCCGGGCAGGAGGGCCCGCGUGCUCCGGCACAUGGCCGGGCGGCUGCGCGACAACCUCUGGGCCCACCACUGCCUGCAGGAGGCGUUGGGCGCCGCCCGCCGCGAGCACGCCUCCCUGCGCCUGCACAUCGACCGCCUCGAGCGCCACCUCCGCCCGGCCGCCGCGGGGUACCUAGGGAGCGCCGGCAAGUGCUACGAUGACGAUGACUUCUUCUAAAACAAAGAAAAAAAAAAGGCCACCUACCCUUUCUACCACUCCCAUCAUCUCUAUUUUGUCCUCUGUCGUCAUCGAGACUUGGUCUCGCUUACG